AUGACAUGUGUGGAGUGCCCUUCCACCCUCACCCUUCCACCCUCACCGUUCCACCCUCACCCUUCCACCCUCACCCUUCCACCCUCACCCUUCCACUCCCUCCCUUCCACCCUCACCCUUCCACCCUCACCCUUCCACCCUCACCCUUCCACCCUCACCCUUCCACCCGCACCCUUCCACCCUCACCCUUCCACCCUCACCCUUCCACCCUCACCCUUCCACCCUCACCCUUCCACCCUCACCCUUCCACCCUCACCCUUCCACCCUCACCCUUCCACCCUCACCCUUCCACCCUCACCCUUCCACCCCACCCUUCCACCCUCACCCUUCCACCCUCACCCUUCCACCCUCACCCUUCCACCCUCACCCUUCCACCCUCACCCUUCCACCCUCACCCUUCCACCCUCACCCUUCCACCCUCACGCUUCCACCCUCACCCUUCCACUCCCUCCCUUCCACCCUCACCCUUCCACCCUCACCCUUCCACCCUCACCCUUCCACCCUCACCCUUCCACCCUCACCCUUCCACCCUCACCCUUCCACCCUCACCCUUCCACCCUCAACCGUCCACUCCCUCCCUUCCCCCUCACCCUUCCACCCUCACCCUUCCACCCUCACCCUUCCACCCUCACCCUCCACCCUCACCCUUCCACCCUCACCAUUCCACUCCCUCCCUUCCACCCUCACCCUUCCACCCUCACCCUUCCACCCUCACCCUUCCACCCUCACCCUUCCACCCUCACCCUUCCACCCUCACCCUUCCACCCUCACCCUUCCACCCUCACCCUUCCACUCCCUCCCUUCCACCCUCACCCUUCCACCCUCACCCUUCCACCCUCACCCUUCCACCCUCACCCUUCCACUCCCUCCCUUCCACCCUCACCCUUCCACCCUCACCCUUCCACCCUCACCCUUCCACCCUCACCCUUCCACUCCCUCCCUUCCACCCUCACCCUUCCACUCCUCCCUUCCACCCUCACCCUUCCACUCCCUCCUACCCACUCCUCCCUUCCACCCGCCUCCCUUCCCCCUCUCCCGUGCAUCCCAACCCACCAGAGUCGUGCAGCGGCUCCUCAUCGUCAUCCAUCUCCGCCUCUUUCUCCUCCUUGA